AUGUCAUUCGAAAAACUUCUGAUGAAUCUUCCCGGGCAUACAGAAUGCGCGUGUCUUCCUCUUUGCGUAGAUUGCCAGUCUCGUGUCGAUGACUGUGUCAGUGGAAGAACUGCAAGAAGUGAGGACAUGAAAGCAAAUUUUGGAAAAAAAGAAGGUGAAUAUUCUAGAUUGGUGAGCAAAUCAAGCAAUAAAUUGCUCAAUUCUUUAUGGGAAAAGAAACAAAUCCCGGAAGAAGGAUGGUCAGAGCAUACACUGGAUUUGUUUUUAUCAUGGUUGUCAUCUCAUGACACGAACAAUAGAGUGGAUAUGAUUCCAGUUGGUGCUGGCGAAAGAGAAGGUCGUGUCUUAACCCCAUUAGUUCAACGUUUACAUUCAAAUUUGACACAUGGCAUUGGAAGAAGUGGAAACCUGCUGGAAAUCCAACCAAAAGCUUUGGGAUCUUCUAUGCUUGCAUGUCUCUCAAAUGAGUUUGCAAAACAUGCACUUCAUCUCCUAGGUCUGCACGCAGUGAAAUCUUGCAUUGUUGUACCCCUUUGCACUGGAAUGUCGCUUUCUCUUUGUAUGACAUCGUGGAGACGACGUCGUCCGAAAGCAAAGUACGUCGUUUGGCUGCGAAUUGAUCAAAAAUCUUCACUGAAAAGCAUUUAUCAUGCUGGAUUCGAACCAAUAAUUGUAGAACCAAUUCGAGAUCGAGAUUCACUUAUUACGGAUGUCGAAACUGUCAACCGAAUAAUUGAACAAAGAGGCGAAGAGAUACUGUGUGUAAUGACAACUACGUCAUGUUUUGCUCCGCGUUCUCCAGAUAAUGUCGAAGCGAUUUCUGCAAUUUGUGCUGCUCAUGAUGUCCCACAUCUAGUCAAUAAUGCAUAUGGGCUUCAAAGCGAAGAAACUAUUCGAAAGAUCGCCGCAGCUCACGAAUGUGGACGUGUUGAUGCUGUUGUCCAGUCACUAGACAAGAAUUUUCAAGUUCCAGUAGGAGGAGCUGUAAUUGCUGCUUUCAAACAAAAUCAUAUACAAUCAAUUGCACAGUCAUAUCCAGGAAGAGCUUCUUCUGUUCCUUCAAGAGAUCUCGUUCUCACUCUACUGUACCAAGGACAGUCGGCAUUCUUAGAACCUUUUGGUAAACAGAAACAAAUGUUCUUGAAAAUGCGCCGGAAGCUUAUAUCUUUCGCAGAAAAUAUUGGUGAAUGUGUAUAUGAGGUUCCGGAAAAUGAGAUCAGCUCGGCAAUGACCCUGUCCACGAUUCCUCCAGCAAAGCAAACAUUGUUCGGAUCUAUUCUCUUUGCAAAAGGAAUCACCGGUGCCAGGGUAGUCACAUCCAGCCAAUCAAAAACCACGAUAGAAGGAUGCGAAUUCAUCAAUUUUGGUUCUCAUACAACCGAACAACAUGGUGGAUAUUUGAAUAUUGCGUGCUCUGUUGGAAUGACGGAUCAUGAAUUAGAGGAACUGUUCACAAGAUUGACCUCUAGUUAUGCUAAGUUUGUGCGGGAACUUGCAAAAGAAGAUGAACGAAUCAAUUCUUCAGGACGGAGGAUCCCGAUCAACGAAUCAUUUGAUAUGGAAAAUGAUUAAUCAAUCUUUAAAUUUUAUAGUCUUCUUUUUGAACGGGUUUUAUGUUUAAACGAACUCAUUUACAUUUUUCUUUUUCUAUAAAGUUAAAAUUAAGAAUUAUAA